AUGGGCGAGAAGGCGCGAUCAACUGGGAUCCAUGUGGUGUUGGAGCUGGGCUUUGACAUGGUAGCGGUUGAGGAUGCCAAUAGAAACGAAACGAUGGGGGCCCCACCUUCCAUCUGGCUGCAGGUCGUCUUUUGGGAGAGAAAGGAGGCGUCUGUAUCCGUAGAGCUUUUCGACUUCAUCAACCAUGGGGCAAAUCAUUAUCAUCGGAUUACCCCGAACCCCCUUGCUUUUGGAGCACCGUUUCGCUCAGCUAGGUAUGACACUAAUGCUAUUGACAUCGUCCACUAUCUGGUCCACUUCCGUCUGCGACUGCAGGCCUGA